UUUUGUAUUUCUCUCCUUUUACACUUUUCUUCUGAAAUUGUCAAGUGCUGAACCAACUACUUGCAUACUAUAUAUCCAUCUUCUUCCACAGCUCAUCUUUUCCCCCAAAACAAACAACCAAACAAAACCAUACAAAAUGGCCGCUCCCGCGAACAAGACCAUCGGAGACCUCUCCGGCAAGUGGGUUAUGAACAAAUCCCUCUCCUCCGACGUCGACCCGGGCCUCAAGCUCCAAAACAUGAGCUACCUCACCCGCAAACUCAUCACCUCCGUCACUCUCACCCUCGACAUCAAGCAAUUCUCCGCUCCGCCCUCUCCUCCCGCCGACGCCGACUCCGCGCCCGUCGUCAUCCACAUUGAGAUCGACCAGACCGGCACCGGCGGCAUGAAGGGCACUUCGGAAAAGCGGUGCCUCGACAACGUCUUUCGCGACCACAAGGACUGGCUGUUUGGGCACGUCAAGGGGCAGACGCGCUGGGUCAGCAGCGCUGAAGAAGUCGAGGACGCCUUUUUGAAGAGCGGCUGGCUCGAGGGCGAGGAGGAGAAGACGGGUCCCAAUGGCGAGACGCACGUCUUGUCGUAUGUGGAGAGUUAUACGGAUGGGUGGACGGCGACGCAGGUGUGGGGGUUCAAGACGAUUGAGGGCGUGAGGAGGCAUGUGCGGAAUGUGGUGAUCGCCAAGGGAAGCGAGAGGGUGGAGUUGCAGUUGGUGUAUGAUUACCUUUCUUGAGUACUCCAAGGGAGGGUAACAGUGGUCAUUGAGGUGUGUAUUGAUACCUAGCUAGACGAUUUGGGAAAUUUUACGGAUUUGGGCGCAAUGUCUAUUGAGUCUCGGGCUUUGAGCGUGGAGUGGUGAUUGUUUUGGGGUGAUUGAUAGUGAUGAUCGUGUUGGUAAUCGGCAUGGAGGAGAAAUUUGGGGAAC